GCAGAAUCUGGUGUGAUUCGCGUAAAGAGUGAAAUAAGAAAACACACAAUACAGAAGCGAGAUGAAAGCCAUAUACUCUGUUGCACUUUUGGUGUGCCUGUUGGGUGCGUUUUAUGCCCAAGCAGAGGAAGUCCAAUGCCCGAAUAGAGGACCAAAACCAGGAGAGGAUGCCAUUCUCAUCCCUCAUCCCACCAACUGCCACCACUACUUUGUCUGUGACUAUGGCCGAGCAAUUGUAAUGAAGUGUCCUGAUGAUUUGCACUUUAAUCCCAUAGAAAAGGUCUGCGAUUUUCCAUGGAAAGCUGGAUGCGAUCCGGCCAAUUAAUCAGUUUAUAUCUAUAAUGACGUAAUUGCAUACAACUACGCAUACCAAUAUGUGAAUCGCUAUCGUGUUGUAUUAUUGUAUUACAUUAUCACACUACGGUUUAUACGUAUGGCAUUAUAUUGUACAUAUCUUUUAAUAAAUAAUAAAUAAAUUAUCUAUUACUUAAUAAUA